GCGGCCGGCCUGACAAAUCCGCAUGCGCUUACGCCUAGUUACGGUAAGAAGUUAACCGUCAAAAGUUAGAGGGAAAAUUUCACUUACCGUCCGGUACCAACUCCUUGUGAAGGAUUCCUGCUCCCGGUGAUGGCUGUUAACUCUAGAAUCUAACAUGGAGCCCAAUAAUGUGAUUGGUAUCAGUCUUAUAGUACACCAAGGGAAUUCUAUGAUAGACAGCUUGAUGUUUCAGAAAUUCAACCCUGGUGACAUAUCCAGCACAACAGAUUCAUCCUCAUUUUACAUGAUCCAAGACUGUUUAGAAUAUGACUCCAACCAAAGUCACACAGAGCAAUCUUCUGGACCUUCAGAAGUUGCAGGAUGGUUUUCAAGGGUAGCUAUUAGAAACAAAAUGGGUAUUCUUGAAGGUCCUUCCUCAGCACAGGAGUUGCCAAGCUCAAGUGGCCUUUUACAAGUUGGAAGUUCCAUGCCAAAUGAUGAACAGCUUGUGGAAAGAACACAGAUUGAUAGUACAUCGUGCAACAUUGUACAUCUCAGUACAGACAUAGAUGAAAUACUUGCAUCUUGCUUUAUGUGUGAAAUGAGAUAUUCCAAAAUCUACAGAGAAUUCUUUAUGAAAACUCUUUGUGAAGGACGCCACCCAUUCAAGAAAUGGAAAACAAGAUCUACUUCCAUCAUAUUGGCUCUGCAUUUGAGACACACUAAUUUAUUCAAAAUGGAGCCAGAUAUUAGAUGGAGUAAGAAGAUGUUACCCCUUUGGCUUACCCGUAUCUCUAUAGAAGAUUCAUUUUCCUGGUUGUCUACUCUUGGAGGAGCUUACUCUGCUCUCGGAGAUCAUUUUCAUCACUUUGCAGAGAAAGCAGGCAGAGUGUCUAUCCAUCAGAUGAAGCUUGCCUGUCAGUUAGGUGAUCCCAUCUUGUUGGCUAAAUGUAGGGUCUACAUGGCGCAGAGUCUCAUGCAAAAUGGCUUCAUUCAACAUGCUAUGUUCAUUGUUCGGGCACAGUAUCGAUUUGCAGUGUCUCUCGGGGAGAAUACAGACCAGCGUCUUAUCAACAUGUGUAGAGGUGUAUGGAGUAUCAUACAGUAUCUUCAUAAAGAGAAGGAACAUAGGAAGAAUGGGGUGGGACUACAUCUUAAAAACAACAAGACCAGGUGACCCUUCGCCCUGUGGGAAGUUAACAAGUACUUCAAUAAUUGAAUGAUACAGAUGUUACCUACAUAGAGUUUGAAUAUAGUGCUUAAUUUCCCCGACAGGGUUAUAUUUUUUUGCCUAAAGUACAUAGCGCUGAGGGAAAAUACUCUCCCAAUGAAAAAGAUUUGGAGGUGAA